AUGUCGGGAGCGAAGCCCGAUUCGCCGGAUCCGCCAGCGACGAGUCGACAUCUUCGGCCGACCAGCAAUGCAAAGCGCCGGAAGCCAACGAGUGGGGAAAGUUGCCUGAUCCCGAUCGCGAGCCGCAUCUCCUACCUCGAGCACCCGCGUCUCCAAGAGAUGCCCUAUUACCAUGGGUUCAUGCCGAGGAGCGAGUGCGAGAAGCUGUUCGAGAAUCCGGCUUUUCGCUGCAACGGCGUCUUUCUAGUGCGACAAAGCGUGCACGAGCGCAAGUACAUCUACGUCAUCUCGUCGUGGUUCGACGGGGCCCUCUAUCACACGCAAAUCUGCUGCAGUGAUAAAUUCCGAUACUGGGUGACGGAUUGGAGCUUUCAAAGUAUCCCGGCUCUGAUCGAGUACCACGUCGACAAGGGUGAUCCGGUGUGUACGGAGGGCUACUACAUCCGAUACCACGCGAAGAAGUCGAGCUGGCAACUCGACCACUCGCAGAUCAUGUGCACGCGGCAGCUGGGCGCCGGGAAUUUCGGGUGUGUCUACGAAGCCCUCUACCAAUACGAUCCCUACAAAAAACCGCCAAACGUUGUCGCCUUUUACGGUGUGGCGACGACGGACGAGCCGAUGCUGCUCGUCAUGGAGCUCGUCGGCGCCAGUUUACAGGGAAAAAUCGAGAAAGAAGAGCAAACCGAGAUCGUGCGACUGAACUGGAUCUACGACGCGGCGAAGGGGAUGCAGUGUUUGGAGGAGCAUGGUGUGCUUCAUCGCGACGUAGCAGCCCGAAAUUUCCUGCUCGACCGCGAGGGCGUCCACGUGAAGGUGUCCGAUUUUGGGCUGUCGAUGGCCCGCGGCGCAAAGGUGGACCCCAAGAAGAACGCCUUGCCGUUGAGAUAUUGGCCACCGGAAGUGCUGAAAAGCUACAGCAAAGCGCAGCCACACUUCGACCACAAGGCCGACGUCUGGAGCUUUGGCGUCAUGGUCACUGAGCUGUACACCCGCGGGAAGCGCCCGUUCGAGAUCCUCGAGGACAAAAACCCGGACGUGCGCUUCCAGGCGCUGAUCAAAAAGACGAAAAAGGAUUGCUGGAAAAACUACCCGCUGCUGAUCCCGAUGCGCGGCGACCUGGAGAAGAUUGUGCAUCGGUGUUUCGAAUAUGACCCCAAGGAUCGGCCGACAUUUGCCGAAUUGGUGCAACUGCUCGCCGAGCUCCCCGACGUCGUCGUUCAUGUGCUCGAGAAGCCAAAGAGCCUUCGCCGCCGAAUUAUCGACUGGUUCCUCGAAUCCGACCCA